AUGGAGACCAGACCAGAUACAGAGAAAAUCUACCUCCAUCACAAGCACCUUCUCCAAGGCAACAAAGGACAGGAAUUUGGAAACCAUCCUAAUAUUAUCAAACUGCUCAACGUGAUUCGAGCAGCAAAUGACAAAGACAUCUACCUGGUCUUCGAAUAUAUGGAGACUGAUUUGCACGCUGUGAUAAAGAAGGGAAAUCUGUUGAAGGAUAUUCACAUUCGCUACAUCCUAUACCAGCUAUUGAAAGCCACCAAAUUUAUCCAUUCCGGAAAUGUUAUCCAUCGGGAUCAGAAGCCUUCCAACAUCCUCCUAGAUGCAGACUGCUUUGUGAAACUCUGUGACUUUGGUCUGGCUCGCUGCAUUAAUCAGAUCCAAGAGGAGCAGGGGAAUGCAGCAUUAACGGAGUAUGUGGCGACUCGCUGGUAUCGAGCACCAGAAAUCCUCCUUGCAUCUCCCAGAUACACUAAAGGCGUGGACAUGUGGAGCAUUGGCUGUAUUCUAGGAGAGAUGCUGCUUGGGAAACCACUUUUUCCAGGAACUUCCUCAAUAAAUCAAAUCGAGAGAAUCAUGAGUGUAAUUCCAGCUCCUUCCAAGGAAGACAUCCUGUCCAUUAACUCUGAUUAUGGGGCCUCGGUUGUUCGGAAGGUGUUGAGCAGGCCCAGGUUUUCACUCGAUCAGCUCCUGCCCAGCACCACACCACCAGACGCUCUGGACCUGCUGAAUAAGCUGCUGGUAUUCAACCCAGAUCGUCGGCUGACUGCUGAGGAGAGCCUCUCCCACCCCUAUGUCAACAGAUUCCACAACCCAUUGAAGGAACCAGGGCUAGAUUGUGAUAUUAUCCUUCCUGUGAAUGAUGACACACAGCUUUCUGUGGGAGAGUAUCGGAACAAGCUGUACGAGAUGAUUCUAGAGAGAAAGAUGAAUGUUCGACUCCAGAAGCGCUUGCUGAAGGGACCAGAGCCAGCAAAACCAUCGCCAGACCCUGACCAGAAAGAACCAACAUCAACCAAAACCACAGGUGUACCUCCCACAGAGGGAGCCAUCCCACCUGUGCUGCAUGGAGACCGAGUGCUCAGUAAUCCAACAACAAACCUCAGCUCAUAUAAUCCAAUAACUCACAGCACCAUAUCAUAUGUAUCCUCUCACAAUGAUAUGAUUAAGAAGAAACAGCUCCACGCUCCCACUGCAUUCCAUCAGACGCAUGGUUAUUUAGUGAACAGAGUAAAUGAAAAUCCGAGUGUGCAGGAAUUGUGCAGCACACAACAGCAGAGUAUCGAUGCUCAGCAAAUCACAGCCGGCCUUUCCAACUCAGAAUCACAUGGCAUCAAGUCAGCUCCUGUUGGCAGAAGCCGCCCGGCUUCCCACUAUCACCAGACAGCUGUCAACAACAUCCUAACCAGGAAGGAAGCUGGGCAGCGAGGUUUGGGAAUGACUGUAUCCUGUGCUCCACUGAAUCCGAGGCCACAGUCACAAGCACGAGAGAGCCGCCCCUUUAAGAAGAUGUUCCAGACGAUGUCGAAUAUGGAAACAGCAGGGAAUCCAAAAGCUGCUUGGGGCAGCUAUUGCCAGACCUAUGGGGUUAUCAGUCAAACUGGGCUAGAUAAACUGCAUAACCUGCAGAUCCAAAAUAAGCCGUAGCUACCCAGGACAGCACAGGUCAGACAGUGCACGGGGUGGGGUGCACCAAUAGGGAACCUGCGCAGGAGUUAUACAAGAAUCAGCUGUCGGCAAUCAUCCAGUCCAGUAGCUAUUGGCAUACACUUUCAGCUGGGAAUGUUCCACAAGUGCCAAAACCAUUAGUACAUCAGCACCUGAUCAGAGAAAAAUGACCUUUUAAUGUGAAUGAUUAACUCUAUGCAAUCAGCCAUGUGGAGAAACUGGUACCUUGUUCCACUGAUGAGGAUCCCACCGUGUGAUGAUCUCUCCAUUAGCCUGUCCUCUCAUUACAACCUGCAGAGUUGGAUACACAUCGCAGCUCUGUCUGCUGCUCUCUGACACACACUCUGUCUUGAAUAGUCCUGUGAAAGUGCCUUUAGGGUAUGAGAUGGGAUUGUCAUCGUAGGGGAAGCUGGAGUUGGGUGGGGACUUUGUCUGUGUCUGGGGCCUGUGGUUCAAACUGGAAUUCCUUCCCAGCCUGAGUCCAGGAUUGAGUGGGCUUGACUCCCGCCUUGAAUUGUUGAUGGCCUUUCCUCAGUUCUCCAACCAAUCUCACCCAGGGGUUUGACUCCACUAAAGAACUUGGUUUUAACUGUUUGUGAUUCCCGUUUUCUGGAAAUAUUUGCUUGGGGAAUGUUUGAUAAUUGACCACAAAUCUUUUGUUAAAAUGAAUAUCUGUAGCUAUGUCAAAACUGUCAGUGAUUUUUCUAGAUGUUUUAAUAAAGACACAACAAAUUUCUCUGUU